GAGUCGUCUCAUCUCAUCUCAUCGUCAUCGUCGUCCUCCUCUCCACUGGCCGAGUACGUAGAGCCCCGAAGUGGCUCCUGUGGGGUGCCGUGGGUCCUUCAGGUAGUCAUUUCGCAGCCCUGCAAUGGCCCACCGCCUUGCGGAACGAGCACAAAGCAGGCUUUGUGUUGUGCCAAACCGAAGGUCUGCCCGAGCCUGGGGUGUUGCGCUCCCCCCUUCCUGCCCAGGACUCGAACCGACCCGGCUCCUCCCUCCCCCUCCACACGAGAUGGCUCCCAGGGUUUCCGCCGGGUGGCGUGGGCAUGUACCGGUGCACGCAGGUCGCGACGAUCGUCGCGGUGGGCCUCGUUGUCGGAGCGCAGGUGAACGCUUUCUUGGGAACUCUUACUGCCAGUUCUCAGUGGUACGCGUAUGCGGAGGUUUGCUGGGGCCUCGGCUUGCUGGUGCUGCUGCCGUCGGUGGGGUACCUGUACUCCCAUGCCGCAACCUACCGGGAGAGCUCGAGCUACGAGCAGAGCGGCACCUCGACGGCCACAUUAUUGGCAGCAGAAUCUGUCAUCGUCGUCUUUUACUUGAUCUGGCUCACCAAGGACGUGCCAGACUGGUGGUCGCGAGUCCUCGAAGAGGACAAGCACAGCGUCCCAGCGGUAUCUUGGGAGGAGAGUUUCAAAUACGCGCUGGACUUCCGCUUGGUGACCCAUUCCUGGAACGUGUGGUGCAGGCCUGCUGCAUGGGAGACGAUCUACAGGAUUGUCAUCAACGUCAAGGCCACAUCUGGCUGGUGUUCCGCUGGAUGGUUUUCAGCCAGAGUCGGACAGAGAGGACGAGCGCCAUGCCGAACGCGAAGAGGCCGCAGCGCACCACCACGAGCGGGUGUUCUGACGGUGUGCAGUUGGACAACCGCCUCUACGAGCCGUGCAUGGUUCCUUGAGUCUUCAGCCAACAGUGGGAAGCUGAUAGUUGGAAAGCUGAACACUGUCAAGCUGGAUCGAGGA